UGCUUCCAUAAAUCGCUGCUGCCAACCUCUCCCUAUCAGCCAACAAUCCCUCCUGGCAGCUCCAGUCCUCGGCCCCUCCUACUGCUCCCCUGCUUGUUUCUAAUGGAGCCAUAUAUUCUCAAGUCAGGCUGUUGCUCCUGAUUACCAGAGCCUGUCAAUGCGUUUCGUCUUGUGAAUUUUCUGCUUGGAUGUAUGUCCAUGUCUUGCCUGCUGUUUUCAUCAUGUCAGCAUCUUCUCUGAGGCCCUUCUGCUUCAGCUUUGCUCCUUAUUCAGGAAACUGGAAUGUACCAGAACCACACCAAAGACACAAGCAACAACUGCAGCAAAAGCCUUCUCUGUGAGAACAAGGCCAAGCUUGUUCAGGCUAUUAAAAGAAUCAAACAUGAGGUAGACGAAUGCAGAGAAGCAGAGAGAGACACGUACACAGACUCGGUGGAAGUCGAGAACAAGUUUGAUAAACUAGAACGAGAAAUCAGAGCCGAGUUUCAGAACCUCCAUCGCUUCCUGGAGGAGGAAGAGUAUCAGGAGCUGGAAAGACUGAAGAGAGAGAGACAGAAACUGCUGAAGCAGCUGAAGGAGAGGGAGAAGAAGAUAGACGCACAAGGAAGGGACCUGGAGAGAGCAAUAAGGGUGCUGAACAGCAAGUUGGCCGAGGAGGAUAGUCCUAAACUGUUCAAAGAAAUCCAAGAUCUUGUAAAAAGGUCUCAGGUCCACUUCAUUCGUCCUGCAGAGGUGGACACAGAGGUCCACUCAGGUUGGUUUGUGGGUCCCAUCCAAUACAGGAUAUGGAAACACAUGAAAAGCUGCCUCUACCCAAAUAUUACAUCGGUGAGGUUUGACCCGGACACUGCCCACCCUAAUCUAUGCUUGUCUGAGUCCUGCACUUCCGUUUGGUUCGAUGAAGAGAAAGAUGCUUCAGAGGUCCAGGCCAACCCACGUCGGUUCCACUAUUACUACUGUCUCCUGGGCCACCAGGGCUUCAGCACCGGCCGACACUACUGGGAGGUGGAGGUGGGCUACAAGACGGCGUGGAGGCUGGGUGUGGCGCGGGAGGAUGUUCCCAGAGGAGAAACGACGGCGACCGGAACCUCAAUCGGCCUCUGGACUUUGGCCUUCAAGGGCGGAUCUGUUUUGGCCUGCACAGAUCCGGAACCCACCAAGAUCACCGUGUCCACCCAGCUGGUCCGCAUCGGUGUGUUCUUGGAUUGUGAGGGCGAGGAGGUGACUUUCUACAAUGCUGUUACCAUGGCGCCCAUUUACACUUUCUCCAUGGAAACCGUCAUGGUUCCCCUGUUUCCCUUCUUCAACCCGUGUGACACAGACGAAGGAAAGAACACAGCGCCAAUCACAAUCUUUAACCCCUUGCUUUAGGACCUCAGCAGCUGGAUUGAUGGACAAACUGAAUCCUAGAAGAAUCAUUAAAAUGUAAUUUAUUUCUCAGUUUGCUUGAUGCCAAACAGGUUCUGGUUUAUUGUCUCGUUUUCAUUUCUGGCAGCCUAAAUUUAUUUAAAGGGGCAGUAUUAUGUGUUCUCCAGCCAUGUAGUGUCAUUUGAUAAAUGCACCUUCAGUUGUUAUCAAAAUGCUGUAUAGAUCAAAUAUGACGUAAAAAAAAAUUUGACUGUAAUUUCACCCCUCGAAAUUGGGCCACUGUCUCUUUAAGAAACUCUUUUUCUUUCUUACACUGUCCCAUUAGAGUUCUACCAAGUGUUUGCUAAUUGCUGCUGGCUAGUCUGGAGGAGUUUCAUCUCAAAGGCAGAGCUAGGUCCACCCAGGCGCUUUGCUCAGCUGAAUAUUUACCACAGGAGAUUGAAGGAUUUCUCAAACAUGCAUGAAAGAAUAAAAGCAACACUCCAGGUGUGUUUUUGAUCAGGGAAUAAUAUUAUAGCAUGAUAUGAAGGUCAAAUAAGUCAGUUUUACAUAACACUGCCCCUAUAAUUUAAGCAUUAUAGGAACAAAAAGAAAUGUAAAUUAUUACUAAUAAUUAUUGUAAAUGGAAAAAAUUUAUGUUCAGACUGAUUGUUUUCUCUAAUGCAGAAUGAGCAGCCAAGUCACACAAUGUCUGCAUUUAUUAAAAUGAUUUUCAGACUGGUCUUUUAUUAGCAUGUAAAGUGGACUCUUUAGAAAAUAGAAGCAACCAGCAGCAGGUGCAAAGAGCUACAUGACGUAACCUUUGGCUUGCUUAUAAAUAUCUCUGCUAUGUUGCUAUGUCACCUCCCUGCAAGGUUAUGGGAGCUCAAAAAAUGGCGCAGGGAAUGAGAGGUGAGGGAAUGGUGCUUGAUAUCUUAAAUGUAACUAUAGUUGACACUAAAUGAUUUAUUAAACUUAGAAUAGAAAGGAAAAGCCCUGGGAUCAAACCGGCUGUGCUGCUGUGUGACAGACAAAGACAAGAAGACAGAAGACGACAUAACCUUUUUGUUUAUUCUUAGUAUUCAUUUAGGCAUGAAAUAAAGACAAAAAAGUGACCAAUUGUCAAUACAAAACAUCUGUGUGAAGAAUUGUGCAAAAUGGAAGAACAGAGAGACCAUGUGGGGAUGCCACCCUACAAACAGUCCAUCACAGCAGCAGUGAUCAGAGAGGACAGACAUGACUGGCUUAUUGUAAGGAGAACCUGUGGUGGCAACAGAGGUGGGUUCUCUCUUUGAGUUGUCAGAAUGUUUCUGGAACCGGUACGAUGUGAUAACUCUGAUCUAGCUACACAAAGCCUUUGCUGGGUGCAAGAAAUGAAAAAAACAAAGGCGGGUCAUGUUCAAUACUUUGUCUUAACAGAACAGCCCUGUAAUCUAGAGACACCCCUCGAGUAAAAAGCCUUAAAAUAAAUUACUUUUUUCCUGCUGCAGCAUAAUCUUCUAUUGACAACUAUUUAUAGACAAACAUUUAGACAGGCAGCAUGGAGGUGAAUCAGAAGGUCCUUCCUGGUCUGUGAUCUUUCUGCAUCGGGUUUGCAUGUUCUUCUUAAGCAUGCUUUGGUUCUCUCUGGGCAUGAAAACCUGACUGUUGGUUUGACUCUGAAAUGGUCUGUGUGUCAUUUUGGCACCCUGUGAUGAACUCGGGACACAUCCUGAGAGAACCAGGCCCACAACGGGCAGGAUAGGAAGAAAUCAUGAUGCCAUCCACUUACACU